AUGAGUAUGGGAAAAAUAACUAGAAAUAAAACUUAUAAUGAUCUACGCCACCAAGAGAUCGGUAGUAGACCAACACGAGGUAGACCACCGCGAAGUCGAAUUGUGGAUGUAGAUAAUGAACGAAGACAAGAAAUGCCAGUCCCAGAAAUAUUAUUAUUGGAUCAAACGGAACAGGAACAAACAAUAAACGGACCAAGUUUAAAUGAAACACGAUCUAAUGAACCAAGGGAACACGAAUUAAAGUCAAGUGAAACAAAUCAAAAUGAACAAUCGAGAGGAAAUAAUCCACCUCAUAGAACAUCACCUCGAGAAGCUUCAAUACAACCAUCACAACCACUGUCAAGACCUAUAAUAACAUCACAAGAUCCUAGUCCUCAAGAACAAUUAGAGAAUCUACCACCUGGUUCCUCGACCACCACGACGAGUACAGUUAUUACAAUUAAAAUGACAACAGUUACUCAUACGGAUGCAAAUAACAAUUCAACCACAACCACUACAGUCACCACAGAUAUAUCACCCGUAACCACUGUUUAUGCACCUCAAAUAGCUGCAUCUAUUAUUAAUAAUGUCGCGUCAAAUAUGGGAUCAAAUAUGGGAUCAAAUAUGGGAUCGAAUAUGGGAACGAGUAUGGGAACGAGUAUGGGAACAAGUAUGGGAUCAAAUAUUACUGCAGGACCUAUUGGAAUAUUUCCUCAUCACACAGGUGCAAGUUCUGGAAAUAAUUUUAUGAGUAUUCCUCCUCCUAAUCUUAUGAAUUCAUUGAAUUUUAUGGAUAAUGCAAAUUCCAAUUGA